AUGGCAGCUGCAUCAUCCAUUGCAGCGCCAGCAGGCGCGGGCAUGCAGGCCGCGGAAUCAUCAUCACUAUCUUCACUUAGAUCUGCACAAGUGCAUUCUCUUUUGUCAAUGCUCAACUUUAAUGACCCAACAUUCUCUCACACAUCUGGACGGAGCAAGCAAGAGGAUAAUGCCCCUGCCGUUACAGCGCCGCCUGUAUGGAAGAUCCUAAUAAUGGACCAGACGAGCACGGAUAUUCUUGCUACCAGCUUACGUGUUCAAGAUUUGCGUGAGAAUGGUGUUACAUUGCACUUGCAGCUGCAUGCCGAUCGGCCUGCUCUGCCAGAUGUGCCCGCUGUGUAUUUUGUGUCGCCCACGCAAGACAAUGUCGCGCGAAUCGCCAAGGACAUAUCAAAUGGCUUGUACGAGUCGUAUUACAUCAAUUUUACCUCAAUGGUACCUCGACCUGUGUUGGAGCAAUUGGCCCAAGCCGUCGCCCGGACAAAUGGUGGGGCUCAAAUUCGACAGGUAUACGACCAAUACUUGGACUAUAUUGUGCUGCAACCCAGACUGUUCCAGCUACUUCCAAAAAUGCACACAUCUGGCUCGGCCAAUGUUCCAACUACGUACGAGCAGCUCCACAACCCGCAGCAUGGCCAGGAACACGUCGAGGCCGAGACGGAUCGCAUCGCUGCAGGUCUUCUCUCUGUCUUUGCCACGAUGGGAACCCUGCCGAUUAUCCGCGCUCCACGCGGUAGCGCAGCGGAACUCGUUGCACGUAAGCUCGAGGGAAAGCUGCGUGAGCAGUCGACAUCGUCACGGGGCGUUUCUGGCUUAUUUGCGUCCUCGUCGAGUUCAUGGAACAAUGAGCGCCCCGUGCUAAUUUUGAUGGACCGGAACGUGGAUCUGAUUCCGAUGAUAGCGCAUUCAUGGACGUACCAAGCCCUAGUGUAUGAUGUCCUGGAUGCAAAACUGAACCGUGUGAUAGUGCAGGAACCGGACAAGCCACCUACGGCCAAGAAGUCGUAUGACCUGGACUCCAAGGACUACUUUUGGGCCAAGAACGCGGACCUUCCUUUCCCUCAGGUCGCGGAGGAUAUUGAUGCUGAACUGAAUCAGUACCGCCAAGAAGCGAAUGAAAUUAUGCGCUCAACAGGUAUCAGCAGCAUGGAUGAGGUGGGACAGCUGGAUGCUUCGUCGAAUGCAUCGCAUCUGAAAGCUGCUGUAACCGCGCUCCCCAAGCUCACGGCACGAAAACGCACAAUCGAUGCGCAUAUGAAUAUUGCCACAGCUCUUCUGCAGGGCAUCAAAACUCGUGGCUUAGACGAGUUAUAUCAGAUGGAAGAGACAAUCACCCGGCAAAGCAAGACGGCUAUUCUGGAAGCUAUUCGGAAUCCGGCCAUGCAGAACCCAGAGGACAAGCUGCGUCUUUUCCUCGUGUAUUAUUUGUCGAUGGCCGAUGCUGCAUUGAGUCGCAAAGAGGUCGAAGAUUUUGAAGAGGCACUAAGGACACAAGGUGCAGACAUGGCUUCCUUGGUCUAUGCAAAGAAAGCGCGCGAAAUAAUGCGAUUUACACUCUCAACGCCUACACCCGCACCGACUCAAAGCGGCCACGAACUGUUUAAAGGUUUCAGCUCGCUGGGUAGCCGGCUUACAGACAAGCUGAAAGAUAGUCGUUUGGAGAAUCUCGUGGCUGGUGUCAAAAACUUUUUGCCGGUCCAAAAGGACUUUGCUGUGACACGUCUUGUCGCCUCAAUUAUGGAUCCAGCCAGCGCUAAUACGCAGGCACUGCAAGUAACGGAUGAUUAUUUGUGCAUUGACCCGCGCCAGCCUCGCGGACGGGCUUCCGUGAUGGCAGCUGGGGGGGUUAAAGCUCGCCAACCAUUUGCCCAUGCCGUGGUCUUUGUCGUGGGGGGCGGUAGCUACGUUGAAUUUGCCAACCUGCAAGAAUACAUCUCGCGCACCACUGCUACUUCGAGUAGCAUGGCGUCCAGCUCAUCAAAUUCGAAGCAAAUUACGUACGGCAGCACCGAGAUUCUCACGCCAUCAGCUUUUGUGCAGUCCAUGGCGGCUUUGGGCCGUUUAUAG